AUGGACGCGGCUCCGCCAGUUGACGGUGGUGAUGACGAAUUAGACGAGCUGUAUGAGCAGCAGAACGUGCUGCGGCUCCUGCGCGCGGUCGUUGCACCCGCUGCGGCCGCUGCUUAUGCGGCCUCCCCCGCCGGCCUCGACCCGGCCACCACCGGGCCCGAAGCCCCGCCGCUGCUGCCAGAAGAGGCCGGCUGUGCGCUGUGGGACCUGACAGCUGCCCCAUUCGGUGCCGCGCACGUGCUGGCGCAAGGCUACGCGACACUAGAGGAUUUCCUAGCCCUGCAGCUGCGCCGAAGCUGGGGCCGGGGAACCGGCAGCAGCGCCGUCAUUGGUGACGGCAGCGGCGGCGUCGGUGGCGGCGAGAGCAGUGGGACAGAUGCAGAUGCUUUGCGGAUGGCAGAGCUGUGCCUCGGCAUCUUUGGCAACAUCUACUCUCAUGGCGACCUGGCUGGGGCCAUCCAUCAGCAGCAGCAGCAGCAGCAGCAGCAGCAGCAGCAGCAGCAGCAGCAGCAGCAGCAGCAGCAGCAGGAUCCGCCCGGCGCCAAUAGCUGCGGCCUCGCGUCACUGGCUGUCGGCGGGGCGCUACUGCUGGACGACCCCCAGACCCUCAGCGAGUGCUGCCGCCUGUGCAGCGCGGCAGUGGCGCUCGGGCGGCAGGUGCGCAACCAGGGGCACGCUCCCGUUAGUGGGGAGCCGGCCGGGGGCCACACUAGGGCCUGA